AUGUCCAACAUGCCUGGAGGAAAGCCCCCUCGUAUGCGAUCAGCGUGCACCUCUUGUCACGCCGCCAAGUCAGAUAUGACUUGCACAUACGAGGUAUCGCUCGUGGGCAGAAUGACCAAGAAGAGGCGGAGGCAGAGGUGCAAUGGCAAGGCUCACAACACGGAUCAUGACACCUCGGUUGAAUGUCUUUAUUCUCUAUCGAGAUCAGUUUCUUGUCGAGGUCAAGACUGUCUGGACCCAUGCAAGCUCGCCAUCAGCAGCCCUGGUUGUUAUGACGACCCCUCAGCUCAGCAUCCGUACGACCACACCCUUGAUCAACCUAGAAACGACAAUCCCCAGCCACAGUAUUCAACCAUCGAGUUCAGAGAUGACAGCGCGUACGGCUCCUACUCUGAAAUCGAAUCCAUACUUCCUUGUCUGAGACAAGCCGACAUCCUGCCCCUCAGCCCGGACUCUACCUGGCUUUCUCCAAGCACAUCAGACUCGCCUCCCAAAGAGCAAUGGAGUCCGGAGCCUCAACCAACUUCGAUAAUUUCAGAGCUAUCUACCCUGCUAGAGUCGCUGGAAACACAAACCCGAUCGAAAUCUCGAGGCCUGGAUGAGAUACUCCAGACCAACCGAGCUUGCAUGACCAGUCUCGGCAAGAUCCUAACCACAAGCGAGUACUAUAGCUACAGGAGUGGUGGGAUACUCGUAGUCUCCGCUUUAGAACUCAUCAUUUACUCAUUCGAGGAAGCGGUCAAGUCCCAAGGUUGGGGAAGCGAGCCUAGCUCACAGACCUCCGGGAGCUUGUCAAGCGUGAAAUUUGGGGUAUUCGAGGUGGAUCCCGAGGAGCAGGUUGCAAUCGUAAAGAGGAUAGUCUCCAAGGAGUUACAGAACUGUCUGGAAAUAGUACGGAACUUGGCAGGGGAGUUGCAUCGUGAGAGGCAGCAGAAGAAUCAAAACCCUAUUGUGCAUGGCUGA